GGCGCUGGCGAGGUGGGAACACCAACUACGGAAAGAGCAAAUCUCGUGAAGACAUUAAAAGACAAGGAAAAACGUCCACGGAUUUAUAUUUCACACUUUUAGACGGCGGUCCAGAUUCGUUCCUCUUUAUUCAUGAUUAACAGAGCUGAACAAGAUGAUGUCUGAUGCCAGUGACAUGUUGGCAGCAGCCUUGGAGCAAAUGGAUGGUAUUAUAGCAGGCUCCAAAGCUCUGGACUACUCCAAUGGAAUCUUUGAUUGUCAGUCCCCAACAUCGCCCUUCAUGGGCAGCUUGCGAGCCCUCAACUUACUGGAGGACCUCAGGGGCAUUCUGGAGCUCAUGGACACUGAGGAAAGAGAGAGCUUGCGUUGUCAGAUCACAGACUCUACUGCAGACAGCAUGGUGGAGUGGCUGCAUGGUCACCUGUCAAAUGGACACAUUUCAAUCACCGGUGAUGUUUACCAGGACAGACUUAAUCGUCUUGAAAGUGAUAAAGAGUCCCUUGUGCUUCAGGUGAGUGUUUUGACGGAUCAAGUGGAGGCGCAGGGUGAAAAGAUAAGGGACCUAGACCUGUGCCUUGAUGAACACCGUGAGAAACUAAAUGCAACUGAAGAAAUGUUGCAGCAGGAACUCUUGUGCAGAUCAGCCCUUGAGACUCAGAAGCUGAAGCUUAUGGCAGAGGUUUCCAACUUGAAGCUGAAGUUAACAGCCAUGGAGAAAGAGAGACUCGAUUUUGACGACAGAUUUGGAGAUAGUGAGGGUUUGAUUUUGGAGAUUAAUGAACUGAGAUAUCGCAUUUCUGAGUUGGAGAAUGAACGGUUACAGUAUGAAAAGAAAUUGAAAUCCACUAAGUCGCUUAUGGCCAAACUCUCUAGCCUGAAACUCAAAAUGGGCCAGAUGCAGUAUGAGAAACAGAGGAAGGAACAAAAAAUCCAGGCGCUCAAGGUCGGCAUACCUCAGGGUGGUUACUACUUUUUCCAUACUGAGGAAACAUUAAAAAAGAGGCUCAAAGAGAAACAUAUGGAAGUACAGAAGAUGAAGAAAGCAAUGGAGUCUUUGAUGGCUGCGAAUGAGGAGAAGGAUUGCAAGAUUGAAGAGUUGCGACAGUCACUCAUGCGUUACAAGAAAGUUCAAGGGAUGGUCAUGUCAGCACAAGGGAGAAAAGAUAAAUUCAAAGACGGAGACAGUGAUGGGAGCAAUAGCGACAGCUCCCUCUCCAUGUCCACCGCCCUCUCUGUUUCCAUAGACACGGAGAAGUCUCUGCUCUCUUACACAGAGGAAGUUGCUGUGAGGGGUCAAAAUGAGGCGACCACAUUUGUCAGUACACUCCAAGUGCCAUCGCUCACAGUACAUAUAACAUCCCCAGAUAAAGCAGACAACCAUUCAGGCCUGGAACACAUGCAGUCAUCAAGUGAGAAAGAGCGUCAGGAGCCAACACUGGAGACCCCAUUAGAUGAGAGUCCCGAAACUUCAGAGGUCACAAAAUCAGCAAACCAGGGCAACCUUGAUGGAAGAGCCAGUAAAAAGAGCAAAGAAUUUGAUGAGUUCAACAAGAUCACAACUCUACCACCCAGAUCCCCAAGCUCUUCUCGUACUGCUGAGGAUGACAGCUUCGGCACCAGGAAAAUGAGAUCUUCGUUUGGACGGGGAUUCUUCAAGAUCAAGGGAGGGAAGAGGACUGCUAGUGCCCCUAAUUUGGCUGAGACAGAGAGGGACGGCACUGACCAUCUGGAUCUGGCAGGCAUGCCGCAGAGGUCAGCUGACAGUGACAGCACACACACUCUCCCCAUUUCUCCGGAGGGCAAGAAAAAGUCAAAAGGAAUCAAAGCUCUAUUUGGAAAAAUGGUCAAAUGGCAAAUAUCUCCAGCAGUCACUGUCUUUGUACCUUCUAAGAUCUGCUUGUUUGUGUUUUCCAGUGAGCUGGAUGCACCGUUUGCACGCUGGUCCCGGGGGCAGGUGUGUGAUUGGAUGCAGGAGCAGGGACUGGGGUUGUACGUGAGUUGGGCAAGGCAGUGGGUCGCCUCAGGCCAGACGCUUCUGCAGGCAUCCCAGCAGGAUCUGGAAAGAGAGCUGGGAAUAAAACACCCUCUACACAGGAAGAAACUGCAGCUGGCCUUGCAGGCAUUGGGCUCAGAGGAAGAUGACAACAAAGGCAAACUAGACUACCACUGGGUGACAAGGUGGCUUGAUGAUAUUGGCCUCCCGCAGUACAAGACUCAGUUUGACGAGGGACGUGUGGAUGGACGUAUGCUUCACUAUAUGACUGUGGAUGACCUAUUGUCUCUGAAAGUGGGCAGUGUUCUUCAUCACCUCAGUAUUAAGAGAGCCAUCCAGGUGCUCCGGCUCAACAACUACGACCCCAACUGUCUGCGGCGAAGACCUUCAGAUGAGAACAACAUAAGUCCUGCUGAGAUCUCUCAAUGGACCAACCACCGUGUGAUGGAGUGGCUGCGGUCUGCUGACCUGGCUGAAUACGCACCCAACUUGAGGGGCAGUGGAGUACAUGGAGGACUGAUGGUGCUGGAACCUCGCUUCAAUGUGGAGACAAUGGCUCUGCUGCUGAAUAUUCCCCCCAACAAGACUCUGCUGCGGAGGCAUCUGGCUACUCACUUGAACCUGCUGGUGGGUUCUGAGGCCCAGCAACUCAAACAGGAGUGUCUAGAGAACCCAGACUACACCUUACUCACCGCCACAGCUAAAGUCAAGCCGCACAAGCUGGCGUUUGGAGGGUUUGGUAGGAAGAAGAAGCAAGAGGACAAUGAAGAGUAUGUCUGUCCCAUGGAUGUGGAGAUGCCCAAAGGACGCAGCUUCCAGAAAGGCUACAGAAGCAUGGAGCUCCAGAUCUAUGAUGAUGACCUAGAUCGAUUCGACCAGAUGGAGGACUCUGAAGGGACAGUAAGGCAGAUUGGCGUUUUCUCAGAGGGCAUCAACAACUUAACGAGUAUGCUGAAGGAGGACGAGUUCUUCAAGGGGAUCUCCACGUUCCCCAAUGCCAGUGUGAAGGAUGAUGACUCCAACGUGUGAGGGUACCGCAGGGACACUCUCGCCCCUAGUGCUGCUGCUUUAAUAUGAAGUGACUGUGCCAAUCCUUCUGCCAACACCUCCACACACGCACCUCCAUCUGAAUGCCAAAUAUAUCAAACAGAACCACGUGUCAGCUCAUAAAAACACCAAUUUAAAGUAUUUUAAUUGCCUUUUAAGAACAUUUUGUUUAAUAAUUAAUGUCUCAUAAAGGUAGAUGGAAGAAUGUCUGCCCUGUGUGUGUGUGUGUGUGUUAGUGGUCAUUUUUGUUUUUUGUGGAUCGAUGUGAUAUGAUUUAUAACUAUAAUGAGUAGCAGUCCUGCUGUAAUCUGCUGGUCAUUGGAUAGAUACAGUAUGCAUUCUUUUUCAUCUGCCUGCCUAAAUCUGUGACAGAUGGUUUGUGCCAGUUAUUAUGGUGACAGAAGAGCACAAGGACACUUUCAGUCAAAAUCAAAGAUAUAUUUGAUUAAAUUGUUGAUAAAUUAAAGUUGUACACUGCCAAUAAUUAAAUUAGCAAUAAACAUCAAUAUUUUUGAAUGAUCUUUCCAGGUGCAGUCUUAAACAUAUGAUAGGGUUUUUAGUUGUAUUUUGACCUGUACAUUUUAGUUUAUCAAGCCAAUACAUGCAUUGAUACUGCAUAUGCUUUGUGUAUUUGCAUGCAGAACUCUGUACAAUAUACUUUACAUCUGGUUUGUAAAGGUUUGCAUGUUAUUUAAGUCUCAUUUGGAUAAAAUAUCAGCAAAAUAUUGUUACUUUAAUAAAAGUUCAUUGUGAAUUAUUUUUCCUCUGCUGCAGUACUUUAGGAUAGCAAUAAUGUUCUCGUUUAUGUAAAUGCUAUCAUGUAGCAUGAAUCUUUAAUGCAAUACUGGCAUGUGCACAAAAUUGUAAGCAGCUGAAAAUUAUAUUGAAAAUAUAGUGCCACUCAUUACCAUUUCAGUUACAUGUUUGUACUUUGACUUUUACUAAUUUUUAAAGGUGAAUAAAAUGCUGAAAGCAUGCAGGCUUUAAUUGUUUGUUGUAUUCAUGUCAAUUAGUUACACAAUUGGUAAAUUCUACAAACAAUAGUGUAUGACUUGUUACUUGUCAGAGCAGAAAUUCUUCAAUGAAUGAAGAUUGUGAAUGCAGGUCCUUACAUACAUUUUUAAGAUAACCAUUUUACAAAGAGUAACAUUGCUGUCAAAAUAAAUACUGUAGUUAUCAUAGCAAUUGUUUCCACAAUAUAGCUGUGGCUUUGCCACCACAGUCAUACAAAAUACAUUUAAAAUACAUUAAAAUGACAGUAAGCGCAUUUUGUGGAGAAACUAUUUUGUACCAUGGUAAAGGGACAGUACAUAACUUAAUCAACAGCGCCAUCUAUUGGACAAUCUCUAGACAAUUGCUUGUCAGCAUUUUAUAAUAAAAUCCUUUUUUUUUUUUUGUGUGCAAUUUUAGUGGCAAUUAUAAAUUAAUGUAAGUUGUUUCCAUGCUUUCAGUAUUAAGUUUUGACUUGGGUUAUACAUUAUGUCCAGCUUUUGCUUUCAGUUCUUAGAAAUAAACUGAUGAAAAGAGUCCUUGUCCUUCAUGUCAUUGUGUGACUGUUUCCAGUUGGCUUUCAGUAGGGGGCGCAUGAGAGCUCAGAGAGACAAACCGUAUUCAAAUCUCAGCAAGUCUUUUGGCUUAUUGAAUAUAUUUGUGUACAGAAAUCUAUUAUAGUUUUCAUGCAGAUUAUUACUAUCUGAUAUACAAAUGGAAAUCUUCCUCUGUCGUCUCUAUGAAAACUAUCAUAUCAAAUCUUUAUACAAGUAAUCACACAUGCAUUAGUGUGAUUGUCCACCCUGACCAGC